GAGGAGUCUCUCAGAGUUACAGUCCGAGUACUCAGUCCGGGCUGCUAUGAUGGCUGGUCGUAGGGCUGAGCUUGCUCAGAAGCGGGGAAAGGGGCAUGCCAAAUCUCUUCUCACAGAUGAUGAAGAGCUCUUUCCUGCGGGUGACGACGACGAUACCUCCGAGGAAGAAUAUGUGGAUGCAGAUACCGACAGAGGAGAAUUCGAUACCGGUAGGACAGUUGACGAUCAUGAGCCGCCAGCUUUUACACGCGCUGAAACGUGUGACAAGCCUGUGCAUGAUCGACUCGUCGGUCCUAGGCGGGUUGGUGCCCCGAAGAGGAAGAAGACCGCACAUAAGCCCCACGACGGUCAGCGUCCUUAUGGAGUGGACUUAGGAAGCACCGCUGAUGGAGGGGAAGGUAACAUUUUAUUGCUUUAAGGUGAUUUACCUUUUAGGAUUCGUAACCACGUUUUCAUGCUCCAGGGUUCUUCGAAGAGGGCGAA